AGUUACACAACCUACCUUUCCCACUUUUUAAGGUCUUAAUCAAAAUCCAAGAGAAAAAGCGAAUUGUGAAAGACUUGGAGAGAUGUAAUUGACGGAGCAAGUAGUAACUCCAUUGUGGAUAUAACUGGAUUACACAAACGUGAUUGCUGGCGUUUGGUUGAUGGAAAUUGUCCUCACUUUUCUUGAAUAUAACACGUUAUUUCAAAAAUGAUGAAAGGGAAGAAGUUUAUCAUUUUAACUCUUGCAGCAGUUAUUUUGCUUUUCUUGUUUUUGAUUGGCAUUCCGCUCCUCGUGCAUCGCUGGCUUCAUGGGAAGUACGGAUUUGAUGCUCAUGGCUUCAAUAUUGUGAUAAUUAUAUCCGUAGGAAUUGUUUUUUUGGCCAUGCACAGCUGUCAAAGGAAAGUUCCUCAGUUACUUUUGGCUGUCUUCACUAUAAUCAUGGUAGCUACAACUGUUUUACUCUAUUUAUCUUUCAAUGGAUUAUGGUGUGCGCAACACCCAAGCGUCACAAAGGCAAUGUGCGCAAAGUUGAGAAAAUUUGCAUCAUUCGCGGCUGACGAGAACAUCGAAUCUUGGUGGCUUACUUUGGGUGAUAUGCUAGCUAUUCAGCGCGGCCACACAAUGCCCAUGGCCUGGGAACAUGACAUUGAUAUUUGCAUUACUCCGGAGGAAGUCCUACGUUUCAAGGAAGCCCUUGAAUCACGUGAGACAUUUUUUAAACCGAAAGCGAUUCAUUACGAAACAAAUCAUUGGUAUAUACCUAUUGAUAUGGAAAAACUUGGCUUGCAAGCUAGAGAUGCGGAAGGCGUUAACAUAGAUGUAUGGACAUGCGCAAAGACAUUUUCAGGGAAUAUCAGUCAGGUGUUGUACUGUGACGGAUACAUGAAUGUCCCACGUUCAACCGAGGAAAGACAUAUUUUGCUUACGAAGGAGUAUGGAGAUUAUUCUGUCGUAAAAUAUGACCAUCAUCAAACUUUGUGUAAACUUUGGAACGGCUGAUUGUAAAUCUCUGCAAAUUAUCUAUUUUAUUGUCUAGUGCUGCUUUCCCAACUUUAAUCUGCGACUGUUAAGUUGUCGUUUCUCAGGCGGAAGGUCUGCACCAGUCCUCAUGAAACCUCGCUCCACAUAUUCGUGGGUAUUCAUGAAGUCAACAUCCCAAAAAUGUUCGGGCGUGCUUGGUCCCGGGGAGAAGCGAGCACGAUGUCUUGAGCAGGCGUUUAGUCUCUCCUGCAUCUCUGAUUCACUCAACUUCAGACUACCGUAGUACUGUAAGAUAAAAUGGAGGCAAUAUGCGAUGUAUUUUAUCGUUAACAUAUCUAUCAAUAUUACAAUUACCUUCUCACAA